UUCACGGAUGCAGCGUCUCUGGAGUUCACGAAUGCGUUUGAGACUCAGUGCAUACCAAAAAAUCGUCAGAGAUUGAUCGGGUGGAAUUGAUUGCGUCCAGUGGAGCAUCACUUGGUGGUGAAAAGGGAUGAAUUGUUAACAAAAAAAAGAGGAAUAAAUCGAAGUGGAGAUUGUGGAACUGAUGGAAUCUGUCGUGGUGCGUGCCGGAAGUGAAGAUCCAUCAAUUCAACGCGAGUGCGAUUGAUGGUUUGAGGGAGAAAAAAGGGAAAAGGGAAAAUCGGAGGGUCCAAAGGACCAAUCCACGUGGAUUUUUUUCUUUUUUUUUUUGUCUUCGGCAAUUGAGAUCGAAGUGCUCGAUGUUGAGCAAUUAUGCCAGUACCUGUUAAUGCAUCGAGAGAUACAUUGCAACCACUGACACCCUCGACUUUUAAUUAUUUUUUCGGGUUAAGAAUAAUCGAAAUGCAAGAGCACUCGAUGUACUCCAGAUAAAUUUAUGUUGAUUAUAAUUUGUGAGGCUCAGAGAGUUAUCGGUGAGAAUUUCUCGGAGGAACGCCGACGGACAGGACGAUAUCUAGCCGGUGGUGCAGCCCUGGCUGUCACGUUGCUGGUGACCCACCACGUGCUGCUGAAAGGUGCCUCAGCAGCAGCUGGCAUAUGCAUCCCAGCGAUUUUCAUGACGUGUUACCUCCUCUGGGUGAUCUACACAGUCCGAAGAGACAGGGCGAAGGCUCGUCGUUUGGCUGCUGCGAUGCAAUUGACGGAAGUAAUUAGCACCUCAUCCUCUCGUCCGCAAUCCAGUGCUCAGGGGUCUGAGGACCGGGGAACAUUGACGUGAAGAAACUGAAGAUAUCAAGACGAUAAAAUCCGGUCCACCGUUUAAAAUACAAGUUGAAUUGAGGAAAAGUGUCGAGUCUGUCCCCUAACCCUCGUCAUCUCCGAAGAAUAGAGCAAUCUAGGUGAGAAAGACUGCCACUUGCCCUUGAUCCCAGGAUUAAAGCUCGGGAACUGGAGGAACUCGUGGGCUGCGUUCAUCUCUCAAAGUACGAGAGCCUGAAGACGGAUUAUAAAUGUGGGAUGCACCUUCAAAGGAUUUCGGUCGUCAUCCCCAAACGUUUCCUCAUUGAAAAAUAUAUAGAACAUCAUUUCUUCCUCCAUUUAUUUUUCCUUUUCAUCAUCAUUUGAAAUUCAAUCAUUACAAUGAAGAACAAAUGGGAAAUUGCUGUUAUAUCG